CAGGGGAACCAGCAGACCACUAGAUGUUCUGUUGUAGGUCCUUAGCACACGCUACUCUUCAUCUCCAGAAAGCAAAAACCUUCUUCCUGCAACGAAAACCGUCCCUGCCCCAUUUCUCUUCCUCCUGUCAUCUGCUCCAAAGCCAUGGGACAAAUUCUUGACAAAGUCCAAGGUAAGGAAUGGAGACAAAGGCAAAUCAGAAAAAUAACAGACAAGGUCUUUGAUCGUUUCAAGAAUGAGCAAGGAAGGGCUAAUUUGACAUUUGAAGAUCUGUAUAUUGCUGUGCUCUUGGUGUUCAAUGAUAUUAAUAAGCGCUUGCCUGGGCCUCAUUUUGAUCCCCCCUCAAAGGAGCAAGUCAGAGCCUUGAUGCAGGAGUGCGAUAUCAACCUCGACGGUGAAUUGAACCGUGAAGAGUUUGUGAAGUUCAUUCAACAGCUAACAAAAGAUACGUUCAUCACGGUUAGUCAGGGAUUGAUCAUCACUUUGGCUGUGGCACCAACUGUUGCUCUGGUGACAAAGAGGACAACGGAAGGCGUUCCUGGCGUUGGAAAGGUGGUGCAGAAAUUGCCUAAUUCUGUUUAUGCAUCUCUGGUGACUCUUGCAAUUGUUCUGUUCCAGAAGGCAGCAGCUCUGAAGGAAUAGAUCCUUAAAGUCCUCUUGUAAAUAAAAAGAUACCAAGUAGCACUGAAUACCUAAGCUAGAACUUCUGCGAUUAUAGUUUUCAAGCUUCUUAUGUUUGUUGACAAUACGUGCUAUGGUUGGAAUGUCUGGCAACCAACUUCAUAUAUAUUUAUACUGUGAAUUACUUUUGGCAUGUAAAGGUAAAUUAUGGGCCACUUGUCCUUGUUUUCUUUUCUUUCUUGGUCGCAAGAUACAAUCAUCAAGAUCGCUUUCAUGUCAUAAUUAAUCUUGCCCAUUUUUGUGGGAGGUAUUGGUACA